AUGGGAAUUUCUGUCUUGUAUCUGAGUGUCUGCGUGACAUCUUCAACAGUACCUCCAAGUGAAUUACGUGUCAGCAAGACUGAGUUCUCACCAAUCGUUGGCGGUUAUUAUGCAAGAUCUGGUGAAUUCCCAUGGAUGGCUGUGGUGCAUCAGUUAUUGCCGAGUGGUGGAUAUGCAAGCUGUGGUGGAAGUGUAAUAUCAACAAGAUGGGUAGUCACCGCUGGUCAUUGUAUACUUUCCAGUCCAAAAAGGUUCCUCGUAGUUCUCGGAGAGAUCGACAAGAGUAAAAUAAAGGGUGAGCAGUACCUAGGCCAAGGGAUCGCAAUGAUAACGACAAAAGUAGUGCGGCAUCCACGAUACAUACAGACUGGCCAGGGGAUUUUCAAUGAUAUUGCACUACUCUACAUGCCAAAGAAUAUCAAAUUUGGAGACAAUAUCAAACCAAUCGAGCUACCACGGAGAUGGAAUGCGGGUACAACACUUGUUGGAAAAACGGGAAUAAUUACCGGCUGGGGUAACAUCGCAGCAGACAGCGCAAUACAGGACUUGAAAUGGGGCGCAGUACCAAUAAUCAGCAACCGGGAGUGCUCCGGCUACUGGCGGCAAGUGGGCAAAAAAACUAUUUGCACUGCAGCAAGGGCGCCAGCUAUUUCAUGCGGGGGAGACAGUGGUGGUCCUCUUGCGCUUGGAACCGACAGCGGCCCGAUGCUAAUUGGUAUCGUCAGUUUUAGUGGCGACUCUUGUUCGGUAUUACUCAAUAAUUUUAGAUUCACUUGA